CUUUCUUCUCCUCUUUCUUCUGUGUCUCGUUGCUGCUGUAGAACUGUCUCUCUUCUCUGUUGGCUGCUGUAAGGCCUUUUUCCGAUCGGCGCGCCAGAAAAGGGACGCUGAGAAAAGCCACUGUGUCAGACUUAACCGGAUUCAAUGAGGGAGCCAGACCAGGGGGACCAGCCUGAAGACAACAUGCCUCCUAAAUUCAAACGACACCUCAACGACGACGAGGUCACUGGAUCCAUUCGCAGCGAGAGGAGGAACCUGCUGGAAGACGACUCGGAUGAGGAAGAGGACUUUUUCCUGAGAGGCCCUACGGGACCCAGAUUUGGACCUCAGAAUGACAAAAUUAAGCAGGUGCAGUCGCAGGUGGACGAGGUGAUCGACGUGAUGCAGGAGAACAUCUCCAAGGUGAUAGAGAGGGGCGAGCGCCUCGAUGACCUGCAGGACAAGUCAGAGAGCCUGUCGGACAACGCCUCUGCCUUCAGCAGCCGGGCCAAACAGCUGCACCGGAGGAUGUGGUGGAGAGACACCAAGAUGAAGAUGAUCAUUGCCCUGGUGGUGGUGGCCCUCCUGCUGAUUAUCAUCAUUCCAGUUAUCCUUCGAAAUCGCUAGAGGCUGAUGAGGAGGGUGAUGGGGGAAGCCUUCCCUCUCUCCUUCCUCCGUUCCCUCGUCCACACACAGCCUUCCACUCCAGCUCGAGGGCACCAGCCAACUCCCCCCCCACCCCCCCCGCCAUGGCCUCUUCCCCCCCACGGGGCCCGCCCUUACCAUUCCCCCCCUCGUUAGUACAGAUCUCAUCAUUGUAUUCCUAAAAACGUCCCGAAACUGAAGUGCAAUCAGAGUUAAGGUGUAGUUUAUGUCCCUGCUUCCCAAAAAAGGGGACAGAGAGGAAGGUAGUGAAGGAGGGCUCCAUUCCAUGUCGCAUAUCACGUGUAAGGUCCUGCCUUAGCCACAGUUUCCUGUAUGUUACAUCAUAUAUAGAAAAAGGCAGCAGGAAAUAUGAAGGGGGGGGGUAUCUGCGCUGCUGUCUCAUAUUAAAGGACUGUAACAUCCACAGAUGAAGCUCUGAUGUCUGCCUUUGAUUCCUCGUCUGUGCCCUGGCUCUGAAACAGGCUAUGAAUGUUUAAAGGGAACACUUUCUGAAGCACAUUUUUUCUCUAUCUGCACGAGGCCAGGCAGCACCCGAGCUUCAUCUGUAUUCUUUUUUGUUUUUUAAGCAUCAAAUUCUUUUUAUUGAAACAAAUUUUUACCCUUCAGGUAAAAAUGAGUAAAAAGGGGCUCUGUCACCUCUGUCGCAAAAAAACAAAAAGCACCACGGCUUCUUUCAGUGUACUGAAGAAACAUGUCAGACCGAAUGUUUUCCUCAUAACUCGGGGCCCCCAAAAUCUCCAGGACAUUGUGCUCGUGGCUGUCCAACACUCCUCCGGUUGAUACUUUACUGUCACUCUACAGAUGGUUCUGUUCGGUUUAAAUACUACGUCAAACUUUUUUUUCCCCCAGCGAAGUCCUUAUUCCUGCUCAGUGUGAUGCUUUGUAUGGUUGCUGAUGUCCCCGCUGAGGGAAGGAGUGUAUCUUUCUGUGCCGUUCCAGGAGGGGGACCUUAAGGAAAACGCUGUGCUCUGAAACGGGCGUCUGUUUAGCCGUGACUGGAAGAACUCUACAUUGUAAUCCGAUCUUUUUUCUUUUUUUUUGCGUAAUUUAUUUCAGCUGUAAAUAUCGUUUCUGUAAUUAGGAUGUACAUUACUAGCUUUGCAUUGGAAGAUUGUGAUCAUUUUUGCUCAGAAUAAAGAGAUUUUAAAGGGCGGCUGCUGAACUCCUUUAAUGUCCAGGUAGAAUCGGAGGCAUUUGUGGAGUUGGCAAUCAAAGGAAAGAUGGGGUAAGGGGUUGCCAUGCCAUCCCUCAGGCUUUGGGCACAUGGAAGCAUCGUCGUGGUUGCAGAGCAAUCCAAUCCUAACGUUUUUAUGUCCUCAUUAGCCAGUUGUUUUAUCCGGUUGGGACUUAAAUGGCAUUACACCGUCCCCAGG